AUGGCGGACCUCCACUAUGAGGAACUAGUCAGAUUUCGUGAACGGCAGCUAGAAUCGCUGUUGAUAGAAGGCGUCUACAAGCCGAUACUAGUCCAUCACCUUGUUCUCCUGAAUCUUCUGCCGCUGAUUGGCUUGUUGAUACCUCGCCACUCUGCCCGUUAUGUCCGCCCAUCUAUCUUUGCCCUGAGCCUGGGGCUUGCAUGGCAGGCUCUCAGAUCUCAUCGAGCCAUUCUUGGCGGAAAUGGUUACAUGAUCGGACUUAUGACCGCUUGGUGGCUGGUCUCGAGUGCUGGAUUACUUGUGUUUACCGACAUCGAACAAGAUUGCCGGAGAAUCGAAAGAGGUCCUGCAACAACUGGAAAAAGGAAGGAUGAGCAAGGCGCCAGAUUCCACUGGCAGUCUUAUCCACACAGGUUCUCGCAUCGCCUUGAAUGGUGCGCAGGCUUAUUGUUCAAUCUGCGAGGGCCUGAAUGGAAUUGGCGAGCUCCUCACUUGGGUCCUCUCCCUCGGUCAGUUCACCAUGAACUCCAUGCUGGUUUCACCUCCGACAAGUUCCAAGCAGAGGAUGAUGCCACAUAUCCAAGUUCAAAAGCACGUCUCAAACAAGCUUUUCGCACCUGCCUGAUCUCCUACCUUUUGCUGGAUACACUCAAGGUGGUCAUGAUGCGAGAUCCUUAUUUCCGUGGAACGGCCACGGCUGAUUCACUACCACCAUUUCCAUUCUCCUACCUCGAGUCCAUUCCCCUGGCCAAUCGCUUUUAUCGUGUCUUCCUCAGCGCCAUGGGUGUCUAUGUGGCACUCAACUUCGUCACUUCCUUCAAUCCUAUUGUUUUUCUCGGGUUAAGCAUGGCCUUCCCCAAUGCAUCCAGAAGCCUGACAGCUGCGCCUCUCGAUGCAUCUUGGCUAUAUGCUGAUAGCUUUGGGUUUUUCUGCGAACCUAUUGCAGACCAUGGGUUAGCUGGCUGUUGGGGUCGCUGGUGGCACCAGCUUUUCCGCAACGGUUUCACUGUCACUGCCAAUUGGAUUCUGAACUUUUUGCCCAACUCGGUGAGGAGAAAGCCAGUGGAGCGCUGUGUUCAUGUUAUAGUUGCGUUUUUUUUAAGCGGAUUCAUUCACGCAUGUGGGAGUUACACCCAGCUCCCCGAGACCAAGCCUCUUUCCGGUCCGUUUCUUUUCUUUGCGAUGCAAAGCGUUGCCGUAAUCGGCGAAUACAUCUUCAAAACCAUCGUUUUUCCGAAGCUACCUCUUUCCAACACUCCGAAGUGGCUUCGAAGAACGGCAAAUAUUGCGUUGACUUUCUCCUGGUUGCUUUUCUCCGGAGCUUGGAUCGCUGAUGACUUCGCGAGAGGUGGGUUGUGGCUCGUGCAGCCUAUACCGGCCUCGCCGCUCGGGUUUGUUACUGGAAAUGAUUUCUGGGUGUGGAAGGAACCUUGGUUUCAGUCCACAUCAGGUGGGUAUCGGGUUAUAUAG